UGAAUUUUCUAGCCUUGCCGAAGAUAUUUGAUUUUGUUUGAUUUUUGUGGGAAUUUGCUCUUAAGAAUCGAAGGUCGAAAAGGGUCAAUUCAUACCUCUCAGGUUCGUGCUUUUAACCAAUCUGGUUUUCUUUACAAGAUCUUAUCAACUUCAGAGCAACAAACAGAGACAGCGAACAACGUCAACAACAUCUCACUCAGAACCCUACCGUGACAAUCAAAACACAAAACUAUAACAAUAUCAUCUGAUAAUUUCCAGGUCAAAUGCAUAUUAUUCUUUGGAAGACUCGUUCUGUCUCCUCCCAACCCCUUCUCUUGAAAUUUAAUCAAUGAAUAUCCCCUCUCUCUUAUCUCACGCUCUCAUGUGGGUAAACAGGUAAUAAGUAAGCAUUGUGUGGGUUCACCCUUCCCUUCAACGUCUAUAAACAAAGGUUCCGAGUUCCAAGCUUUAAAUAAUACUAAUUUCCUCGUCGAUUUUGAUAAUGUUAUACGAUCUAAAAAAUUGUGCUGACUUUCUCACCCAGAGGUAUGGAGCUCCAAGAAGUCAAGCGUAACAUAAUGGUAAAACCACCUCCAAAGGAUCCUUUGAGUCAAUCCUCGGGUCAAGAUGGCGCAGCUGCUUUAGAUAAAGGUGCUGAAGAAAAGCUCAUGUCCGUGGCAUCGGCUAGAUAUAAAGCUAAAUUUGAACCAACACCUUUCAAGGAAUCACUACAUACGUGGACGCAAAUCACUGGAGACCAAUCGAAGGCGGAUUCUCCCAUUCUGGAUAAAAACAGCAAUGCUAAUAAAGGGGAACCACCUCGCAAAACAUUACCCCUAUUGGUAAGGAUUGACGCAGCGCCUAUCAAACCAGCUAAACCGGAUUUUUUGAAAUUCAGGCUUAGAAUGUGGCAAGAUAAAAUCAUUUUCGCGAACAGGGUGACCACUGCUGCUCAAACAUGCAAAGAAGAUGACGAUUUUUACGAAGACGUGGCAUCUGAACUUCAAAGUAGAAAUCAAGAAGAGGAAUUUGAAGAACUUGAAGAGACUUACGAUGGUGUGUCAUCUGUACUUCAACGCGGAAAUCUAGGUAAUCUUGUGAAAGGAUAUUUACCGAAUUAAAGCAAUCAGUUUUAAUUGCCCGUAGAAAUAGUUUAUACGCAAAGGAACUAAACUUACUGAACAUAUGACAAUCGUUGCAUGAGCUCGUGUAGUGCCGAGACGAUUUUUGUCAUGAUCUUGUAUUCAAGAAAGGCGAAUGGAAUGAUAUUGUCUUGUUCAAUUCUUCAAGCAAUUGGAUGGUGCGGACAUUUCAAUUUGAUCUAGACAAAAUUGAUGGUAUGAAACGACGACAAAAACUGGCAUGAGGUGCCCACGUUUUAAGUUGAAAUAAGACUCUUCAAAUGAUUUGUGGAAAGCGAACGACGCAGGGUGUUCAUCUGAACUAUUCAAUUCAGACAAUCUCCUCUAUAUUCUGAAACAUUGUGAGCAACGAAAAAGGUUUACUGAAAGAUCCGAAGUAAUAGCGUUUCAGAAAAUUAUAUGUUUAUGGGGAGCAGGAAUGGCGUAGUUGGGAGAGUGUUCACCUCCCGCCAACGUGGCACCAUAGUUACUAACUAUGGUGGCACGGGUUCGAUUCCGGCCCGAGGUCAUAUGUGGGUUGAGUUUGUUGUUGGUUGUCCCCUUGCUCCGAGGGGUUUUCUCCGGGGUUUUCCGCUUUUCCUGACUCCACAAAAACCAACAUCUCCAAAUUUCGAUUCGACCAGGAUAUGAGGAUCUGCGUCAAAAUCAGCGGCUUCCUCUCUAAAUAUUGUAGUUCGUUAUUUAUAAUUAAUCCUUCCAUUGAAAUAAACCAAGAGUUAACUUGUUUGUAAUGAAAGGCUGUCAUCAUGCAUGAAGACUACAGAUUACUCAGAGUCGAUCACGUUCACUGACGUUUAAAACGAGAAGACUCAAAUUGAAGGAAAUGAACUUUCCAGACGUGUAAAAUCUAAUUUUAUGCUAAAAUCUGUUUCCACUCUCUAAAAGAAAUUGUCUCGGUUUUGGAUCUUCCUAUUCAGUCGAGUUUUGUUCUACAUUUACGAGCCUUUUCUAUUUUACGAACUCUACGUAAUUGAGAUCAUUUACAUUCUGUGGGUUUUUGAUUUUCCCUAUCGAGAUGGCAUUUAAAUCCAACUUUUCUUGUAUUUGCGAAGUAGAAAUUAAAGUUCACCAAAUCUGCUAUAUUUUCAGCCUUUUUUACGAUAGAACUUCCCGCUUCCCGCCGCAUAUAAAAUGAAACUAAAAAGAUGAACCCUUGCUUGCUUGUGACCAAGAUUCU